CCGCAAAUCGUCCGCAUAAAGGGCUCAUCUUGUUAAGGGCAAAAAAUUGCAACGAGUAAGAAACACAGAGAGAGAGACUGAGAGUUUAGCAGCCACCAAGUUUCCUACAAAGUUGCAGAGAGAUUUACAGAAAUCAAAAGCGAAUUUAAAGGAGUAGAAAGAAAUGUCAAAUCCACAAAUCAAUCGACACGAAAUCAUUAACACAACAAGGAAGAAAAAUAACGAAAACCUAAUUCUUCAUUUCUUCAGAAAAUUUUGGUUUCUGUUUUUUCUUUUCGAUUCAUACGGAUUUCUCAAAUCUCUGCAACGGAAAUGUUGUUUUCCGACAUGUUUCAUCACAUAUGAUGAUCACCAUUAUGAUAUAGUAAACAUUUCUGGGAGAAGAUUAGGUUAGUGACCGAAGAGUCCAGGAAUUAGAUGUGUGGAAAUAGAAUGGUUAGAUCUACAUAUCCGUACGAUAUAGUGAAGAGAUUGAUGAUCUAGAAUAAAAUAGAAGUAGCUGAACGUACAGAUUUGAGUGAUGUUUUAAUGAAGUCAAAUUGCUAGAGAGGAAAUUACACGUAACUGUGUUUUCUUCGAAUCUACAAAAUGGGCACUCCAGUCAACAUCAUUGUGGGUUCUAAUGUGUGGAUUGAAGAUGCGAGUUUGGCUUGGAUUGACGGAAAAGUAUCUAAAAUUAAUGGCAAAGAAGCUGAAAUUGAGACUUCCAGUGGGAAGAAGGUAUGCAAAGUUACUGCAGAUUUAUCAGCAGUAUAUCCGAAGGACAUGGAAGCUCCUGCCGGUGGAGUAGAUGACAUGACAAAGUUAUCUUAUUUGCACGAGCCUGGGGUUCUGCAAAAUUUGUCAUCUAGAUACGAACUCAAUGAGAUCUAUACUUACACGGGCAAUAUUCUUAUUGCUAUUAAUCCUUUCCAAAGAUUGCCUCAUAUCUAUGAUGCUCACAUGAUGGAACAAUACAAGGGAGCACCAUUUGGGGAGUUAAGCCCUCAUGUCUUUGCCGUUGCAGAUGUUGCGUAUAGGGCAAUGAUCAACGAGGGGAAAAGCAACUCUAUCCUGGUUAGUGGAGAAAGUGGUGCCGGUAAGACGGAGACAACGAAAAUGCUUAUGCGUUACCUUGCCUAUUUGGGUGGUCGUGUGGCCACUGAAGGACGAACAGUUGAACAGCAGGUUUUAGAAUCAAAUCCAGUUCUUGAAGCAUUCGGCAAUGCCAAAACUGUUAGAAAUAACAAUUCCAGUCGGUUCGGAAAAUUCGUUGAGAUACAAUUUGAUAAACAUGGUCGGAUAUCAGGCGCGGCCAUCAGAACAUACCUUCUCGAGAGAUCGCGUGUUUGCCAAAUAUCUGAUCCUGAGCGUAAUUACCACUGUUUUUACCUUCUUUGUGCAGCACCACAAGAGGAAGUUGAGAAGUAUAAACUGGGAAACCCCAAAUCGUUUCAUUAUCUUAAUCAAUCAAAUUGCUAUGAGCUUGUUGGUGUUAGUGAUGCCCGUGACUAUCUCGCCACUCGAAGAGCUAUGGAUAUUGUUGGAAUCAGUGAGAAGGAACAGGACGCUAUUUUCAGAGUUGUUGCUGCAAUUCUUCAUCUUGGCAAUAUUGAAUUUGCUAAGGGGGAAGAAGUUGAUUCAUCAGUUCCAAAAAAUGACAGUGCUAAGUUCCAUCUUAAAAUGACCGCAGAACUUCUCAUGUGUGAUCCACAAGUAUUGGAAGAUGCUCUGUGCAAACGCGUGAUGAUUACUCCCGAGGAAGUUAUUAAGAGAAGUCUUGAUCCUCUUAAUGCAACAGUUAGUAGGGAUGGUUUAGCAAAGACAAUAUAUUCCCGCUUGUUUGACUGGUUGGUGGAUAAAAUUAACUUCUCAAUUGGGCAGGAUCCUAAUUCCAGAUCUCUUAUUGGAGUCCUUGACAUUUAUGGCUUCGAGAGCUUUAAGACGAACAGUUUUGAGCAAUUUUGUAUUAAUUUCACGAAUGAGAAGCUGCAACAACAUUUCAACCAGCACGUUUUUAAGAUGGAGCAGGAAGAAUACACAAAGGAGGAGAUUGACUGGAGCUAUAUAGAAUUUGUUGAUAACCAAGAUGUCCUGGAUCUUAUUGAAAAGAAACCUGGAGGAAUUAUUGCCCUUCUUGAUGAGGCUUGUAUGUUUCCAAAGUCCACACAUGAAACAUUUUGUCAGAAACUUUAUCAGACGUUCAAAGUCCACAAACGGUUUAUCAAGCCAAAACUGUCUCGCACGAAUUUUACACUUGCUCAUUAUGCAGGAGAGGUCUUAUAUGCAGCUGAUCAGUUUCUGGACAAAAACAAAGACUAUGUUGUUCCUGAACAUCAAGACCUGUUGUGUACUUCCAAAUGUACUUUUGUAGCAGGCCUUUUCCCUCAAAUUGCUGAGGAGUCAUCCAACAAAUCUACUAAGUUCUCGUCAAUUGGAUCUCGUUUUAAGCUACAACUACAACAGUUGAUGGAGACUCUAAACUCAACAGAGCCUCACUACAUUAGAUGUGUGAAGCCUAACAAUCUUCUAAAACCUGGUUACUUCGAGAAUGUCAAUGUCAUGCAACAGUUGCGCUGUGGUGGUGUUCUAGAAGCAAUCAGGAUUAGUUGUGCUGGAUAUCCUACUCGCCGGACGUUCUAUGAAUUUCUGAAUCGCUUCAAUCUUCUAGCUCCGGAGGUUCUGGAAGGAAACUAUGAUGAAAAGGUCGCAUGUAAAAGGAUACUGGAAAAGAAGGGGCUUUCAGGGUUUCAGAUCGGCAAAACAAAAGUUUUCCUUAGAGCUGGUCAGAUGGCUGAGUUAGACGCUCGGAGAGCUGAGGUACUCAGCAAUGCAGCCAAAACUAUACAGAGACAGAUACGGACACAUAUUGCUAGGAAGCAGUUCCUUGCACUGCGGAAAGCUACUAUUCAUGUACAAGCUCUUUGGCGAGGAAGAUUGGCUUGUAAACUUUAUGAACACCUGAGGAGGGAGUCUUCUGCUGUGAAAAUUCAGAAGAACUUGCGUCUAUCAUUAGCCAGAAAGGCUUACACCAGACUGCGGUUUGCAGCACUAGUCUUGCAAACAGGUUUAAGGGCAAUGGCUGCUCGUAAUGAAUUCAGACUCAGGAGACAAACUAAAGCAGCAAUUGUUAUUCAGGCACAUUGGCGCUGUCACCGAGCUUCCUCAUACUACAAGAAUCUCAAGAGGUCAUCAGUUUAUGCCCAGUGCAGAUGGAGGGGAAGGGUUGCCAGAAAGGAGCUUAGAAAGCUAAAAAUGGCUGCAAGAGAAACUGGUGCACUCAAAGAAGCUAAGGAUAAACUUGAAAAACGUGUGGAGGAACUUACAUGGCGUUUGCAGUUGGAAAAACGUUUGAGGACUGACUUGGAGGAAGCAAAAGGUCAAGAAAUUACAAAAUUGCAGGCUUCUGUGCAAUCUUUGCAAAGCAAAGUUGAAGAAACAAAUGUUUUGCUUGUCGCGGAGCGAGAGGCUGCACGGAAAGCCAUUGAAGAAGCACCUCCUGUUGUUCAAGAAACCCAAGUUGUUGUCCAAGAUACUGAAAAGAUUGAUUCUCUAACCGAAGAAGUUGAAAGGUUGAAGGCCUCAUUAGAGUCAGAAAAACUACGAGCUGAUGAUUUUGAAAAGAAAUAUUCAGAAGCACAAGAAGCAAAUGAAGAGAGACGCAAAAAGUUGGAAGCAACGGAAGGAAAAGUGCAGCAGCUUCAGGAAUCUUUGAGCAGGCUGGAAGAGAAGCUCUCCAAUUUAGAGUCUGAGAACCAAGUCCUCCGGCAGCAGGCACUAUCCAUGACAGCAAAUAAUAAGUUCCUUUCAGUGCGCUCGAAAUCUAGUAUUCAGAGGAGUAGUGAGAGUGGUCAUAUCACCAGUACUGAUGCAAAGACACCUCCAGAAACAAACAGUGUGAUAACCCCGAGGGAAUCUUCUGAAGUCGAAGAGAAGCCACAGAAAUCCCUUAACGAGAAACAGCAGGAGAAUCAGGACUUGCUUAUAAGGUGUAUUGCGCAACAUCUAGGAUUCACAGGGAGCAGACCAAUCGCUGCAUGUAUCAUAUACAAGUGCCUUCUCCUGUGGAGGUCAUUUGAGGUUGAACGCACUAGUGUCUUCGACAGAAUAAUUCAAACAAUUGGGCAUGCUAUCGAGACUCAGGAGAACAAUGAUGUCUUAGCCUAUUGGCUGUCCAAUGCAUCAACACUAUUGUUACUACUACAACGUACAUUAAAAGCGAGUGGUGCUGCUGGCAUGGCUCCGCAACGUCGUCGAUCAUCAUCAGCAACACUAUUUGGGAGGAUGACUCAGAGUUUCCGUGGAGCUCCGCAAGGUGUUAAUAUGUCCUUGAUCAAUGGUGGACUGAUUGGUGGAGUUGACACACUGCGACAAGUUGAGGCCAAAUACCCUGCUUUACUUUUCAAACAGCAACUUACUGCAUAUGUAGAAAAAAUAUAUGGUAUGAUUCGUGAUAAUCUGAAGAAAGAGAUCUCCCCAUUACUUGGGUUGUGCAUUCAGGCGCCAAGAACGUCCAGAGCAAGCUUAGUUAAGGGAUCAUCACGCUCAAAUGCAAACAGUGCAGCUCAGCAAGCUUUAAUUGCUCACUGGCAGGGGAUUGUAAAGAGCCUUGGAAAUUUCUUGAGUACAUUGAAAGUUAAUCACGUACCCCCAUUUUUGGUCCGUAAGGUGUUCACACAAAUAUUCUCUUUCAUAAAUGUGCAAUUAUUUAACAGCCUCCUGUUAAGGCGAGAGUGUUGCUCGUUUAGUAACGGUGAAUAUGUUAAGGCGGGGUUGGCAGAACUAGAACAUUGGUGCUAUAAAACAACUGAUGAAUAUGCAGGUUCAGCGUGGGAUGAGCUCAAGCAUAUAAGACAGGCUAUAGGGUUCCUGGUCAUACAUCAAAAGCCAAAGAAGACGCUGGAUGAAAUAAGUCACGACCUAUGCCCGGUGCUCAGCAUACAGCAGCUAUACAGGAUCAGCACAAUGUAUUGGGAUGACAAGUAUGGCACUCAUAGUGUUUCAUCGGAUGUUAUAUCCAACAUGAGGGUUUUGAUGACUGAAGAUUCAAACAACGCUGUCAGCAAUUCUUUCCUGUUAGACGAUGAUUCAAGCAUACCGUUUUCGGUUGAUGACAUAUCAAAGUCGAUGGAACAGAUCGAUAUUUCUGAUGUUGAACCGCCGCCACUCAUUCGUGAGAAUGCAGGUUUCAUGUUCUUAUUGCCACGAGUUGAGUAAUGGAUUUUCACAUGCUGCCUUUGCAUGAAAUGGUUCUCGGUACAGCACAUCCACUUCUUGGUGUAUAGUUUCCUUUUCACAAGUUUGCAAUAGUUGAGAUUCUCUAGUGAUGUUAUACCCCCACUUAUUAUUGUUCGAUGACAAAUCAACGGGUCUUUGAUGUUUGCGUUGCUGCACUAAAGCGGCAGCUUUUUUUCUUUCUUUUUAGUCAUUUGCAAUAAUGGAAUGUCCAAGGGGACACUGGGAACCCUGGAUAGUAGAUUCUUUCUCUUCUGUUGUAGUGAUACAUUAUUGUAGGCGGUAGCCUUGAUUCUCAGUGUAACUACAAGAUCUAAUAAUUGUAGUUCGCCUUUUUCAA